UUUAAAAAAUAUAAAAAAAAUAAUAAUGAUGCGGAUGGUGCUGGAAGAAGGCGCCGUCCUCCUACGCGCUUUUUCUACAUGCAGCUACAGACACACACAUACAGGACACGGUUAAUCAGGAACCCCAGAGACAACACGGGCGGCUUUCUGUUAGGGUUCAGCUGAAGGAAAGGAGCCGGGCAUCACCCCUCGUAUUGCCAUGCUGUGCUAUGUGACGAGGCCGGAUGCGGUGGUUAUGGAGGUAGAAGUGGAUCCGAAGGCGAAUGGAGAGGACUGUCUCAAUCAGGUUUGCAAAAGGUUAGGGAUUAUUGAAGGAGAUUACUUUGGACUACAAUUUAGUGGUAACAAAGGAGAAAAUCUAUGGCUGAAUCUCCGAAACCGAAUAUCGCAGCAGAUGGAUGGUCUGGCGCCUUUCAGGUUAAAGCUAAAAGUGAAGUUCUUUGUGGAGCCACAUCUAAUCUUGCAGGAACAGACAAGGCACAUGUUUUUCCUGCAUAUAAAGGAAGAUUUGUUGGCAGGUCGUCUGCGGUGUUCUCCAGAGCAGGCAGUGGAGCUGAGUGCCCUUCUGGCCCAGAUGGAAUUUGGAGAUUACAGUGUGAAUACUGCUACUUAUAGCUUCCAGGAACUUUGUGCAAAGGAACUUGACACUGCUGCAUUAGAAAGUAUUAUAGCAAAGCAUAAGAGUCUGGAAGGGCUAAGCCAAGCAUCAGGAGAAUAUCAGUUUCUUCAGAUUGUAUCUACAUUGGAAACCUAUGGCGUAGAAUGGCAUUCUGUGCGAGAUGCAGAAGGACAGAAACUUAUGGUUGGCAUAGGACCAGAGGGUAUCUCUCUCUGCAAAGAAGACUUCAGUCCCAUAAAUAGGAUUAUGUAUCCGGUCAUUCAAAUGGCAACUCAAUCGGGAAAGAAUGUAUACCUGACCAUUACCAAGGAGUCUGGGAAUAGUUUAGUUCUGCUCUUUAAAGUUGUCAGCACCAGAGCUGCCAGUGGGCUUUACAGAGCGAUUACAGAAACGCAUGCAUUCUACAGAUGUGACACUGUCACUAAUGCUGUUAUGAUGCAGUACAGUAGAGACCUAAAAGGACACUUGGCCUCUUUCUUCCUCAAUGAUAACAUCAACGUUGGAAAGAAAUACGUAUUUGACAUUAGAAGGACUUCAAAAGAGGCAUAUGAUCAUGCAAGGAGAGCCCUGUACAAUGCCGGCAUUGUGGAUCUGGUCCCUGGGAGUGACCGUAGUGAGCCAAGUUCCCCUCUCAAGACAUCUGAAAGUAAUAUGAACUGUAACAGCUGUGAGAGCCUCGGCUGUCAGCAAAGCAAGGCCCUGCAGGAAAAGCUGCGGAAGCUGAAAGAAGCCAUGCUGUGCAUGUUGUGCUGUGAAGAAGAAAUUAAUUCCGCUUUCUGUCCUUGUGGGCACAUGGUGUGCUGUGAAGGAUGUGCUACCCAGCUACAGUCGUGUCCUGUGUGCAGAGCUUCAGUGGAACAUGUCCAACACGUGUUCUUGCCAACUCACACAAGUCUGCUCAACCUGACUGUAAUAUGAGAAGGAGAACUUUUCGGACACUUUAUAGACUGUACCAAUGUACAUUACCAGGACUACACUAAUAAGUGCUACAACCAUUGAUUUUUUUUUUUCCCUUUACUGUGACUAAAGAUUAUUGAUGGAAAAGCAGCCAAAUGGACAUUUAACCUGAAGGAAGGUCAAACACAAAUGGUUGUUCUCUUGUGGUUCAAUAUGCCUUGUAAAGUAUGUUUCACUGAAUCAUGGAUAGAGGGGUGUGCGUGUGCGUUGUAGGUCACACGUUGUAAGUCAGAAAAGGCACAAAUCCCAGUCCUGAACAUAUUCAGAAGGGCAGCACUAUUUUCUACAUAGUUAGUAUUUUCUUUUAAUAACAUUUCCUUCCUGUAGUGUUUGGAAUUCGCCUUUUAGAUUUUAUUAUAAACCAUUAAUAGUCCAAAACUAUUGAAGCCAAAAUACCUUCCAAAUACUUAAGGGGGAUUUCAGUGGAAGCACAGCCUGCCAGGCACUUGUUCAGUCCUCACUCCACUGUAGUUUUAGCUAGUUGUUUUAAUAUGUAUUGUUUUAGGUAUUUCUUAAUGUUUUAACUGCAAUGUAGUUUGAUUCUUUAUUUCCAAAAAACCAUAAGGCUAAUGCCAAUAGUUCAUGGGGCAUGUUGAUCAGGAAAAAUCAAGGCAAGGGAAUAUGUUGAUUUAUGGCCCUUGUGAGCAAUUUUAAUUGCUUGUAGUGGGAUACAGUUCUUGUUGCAGAAAAAGGCGAAAUAAAUGAUCACAUGUGGCAUUGCCUUUUAAAUACAGUAUUUGGGUUCGGGGUAUUCUCUAACACUGCAUUUAUUUUAUAGGGCAUUAUACCUUCCCCAAAAUAUUAUGUUAAAUUACUCUCUUCUGAGCACUUUUGCAACUUCCAUUCAUUAUAUUUUACUUUUUCAUGAUAUUAGCAGUUUUACACAUCCAAUAUCCUUUUUCCACCACAGCUCUGGGCUACUAUGCCAGCCACCCAACUACCAAGAGGUUAAAUGCCUGGUGCAGGCAGCAUCUCUGAUCUCUCUUUCUUCAUCAGCCCAGUUAGAUUUUGGAGUUAAAAAGAAAUGAGAGAAACUGAGCUGAAUAGCUUCCAGUCAUUAAACGCUUUGGUGGGUUUAACCCCUUUAUCCCCUAGGUGGCUCGCCAUGCCACACUGUUGCUCAGAGCUGGAGAAAGCAUAAUAUUCGCUGUAUAAACCUGCUUAUAUGAUUAAAUAAUAAAAAUUGGUGUACAUGGCAAAACUGCUCAGGAGAGCACUCUGAGCAAUUAUACAUUAUAUUUUGGGGGUGGGAUUAUUCCCCUCUCCUGUGAUAUAAAGCAAUUGCCUAAUGCUUUCAAAGACAGGAGAUCUAUAUGGAUAGGUCAAACAAAAAAAGGGGCACAUUUAUUAAGGGUCGAAUUGAAAAUUCUAAUUCUUUUUAUGGUCAAACCUCUCAAAUUCGAAUUAUGAAUGAUCUAAAUUCGAAUUCCAAGAUUUAAUAUACUCUGGCCCUUUAAGAACUUAAAUUCGAUUAUUCAUCACUUAAAACCUGCCGAGUUCACGUACAAGUCAAUGGGACCAGGGACAAAUUUGGAUAUGUUAAUAGCCUACCUGACAUUCGAGUUUUUAUUUUUGGAGAAAAACUCGAAUCGAGUUUGGUCAAAGAGUCGGUAAAAUUCGUCUGAGAUUUAGAUAUUUGAUUUUUUUUGUAAAUAACCCACUAGUCGAAUUUGAGUAUAUUUUAAUUUAAUAGAGUUUUAAAAAAAAGUCACAUGAUUUUGAAAUUCGACCUUUAAUAGACGUGCCUCUUAGUGUGGUCGCUUCAAAUACAAUUCUGGUCUUGUAGAUCUAUUAAGCUCAUCUUUGGUCAGUUUGCUAGUACAAUCAGAUCAUUCAGUGUUUUCUUUCUAUGGUAGACACCUUUUAUAGACAUUCAGAGCUCCAUACUAAAUCGUUCACGAGCUAUAUAUUUUUGUGUUUGUUCUGUUAGUACUUUUGUCCUUUUUCUUCUACCUUGGGCAUUGUGGUCAACUAGGUGUUCUUAGUCAUUGAAUAGUUCUUUGGAGAGACUGCAGUGAAACUACUGGUGAUUGUAAAUGUAUCCAAAGAUAUGGAGAAAGCUGACGGCACAUGCAGCAUUUUCCCUGCUUUUUUCAGCCGGUGCAGAAAGUCCCAAAACUGCUUUGCCACGUUGCAUUCACUUGAAUUGGAAACACCAGACAGCGCAGGCACUGGAACUUUUUAUCCCAUAAAUCUCAGAUCAUCUUGGGCUGAAAAUAACAGUACUAGGUUCAAAUGCCCAAUCAGCUUUAUCCUGCCCGGCUGUUAGGAAAACCUAGGAGGUCAUUUCGGGUGCAAUAUCUGUUAAAUAAAAAAAGCUUGGGGGGGAGGGGAUACACUGUCACUUUAUGGAAAAUGUUCUUGCUAUACCUUUAUUAUGGCCUUAAUGUAGCAUUAAUGUGUUCUUUAUGCAUUUUGUUUCUUUGCACAGACAUUUUGUCAAAACAAAUCAAAAAUUUGCUCUACUUUUUUAUGGAACCUUGGCUUAUAGCUUCGAAUUACAAGAGGUAUUUAUUUUUUCACAAUGUAAAGUGGAUUUUGCUCCCACAUUUUUCAGGAAACGACUCCAAUGUUAGUGUGGUAGACAAUAUCUGUCUUUUUUUAUAUUUCGUUUAAUAAAGGGUUUCUGAAAA